CCUCAUAACUAACAAAAAAACGACAAGGCUGAUUUAGUUUGUCGUGUUCGUCUGACGACAUAUUAAAUUUGCUAGUGUACUUCCAAAAUUAAAUAUUUUUUGAAAAAUAUCAUUAUGCAGUGUACGUAAUAAAACUGUCCCUAAUGUACGAAACAUUUGCUCGCUCGUAACGUACCCGGUAAUUAAAGUGCAACCACAGUGCAAGCCUACUUAAAGUCGAUCUCGGGCCAGGGUGUAUCGAAGUAGUUUUUGCAAAUCCCGACAGAGUUAUUGCUAUCAAAACGUCUAAAAAAUUGGCCAAUAUCUAUUUUUAAAUUCGCUUUUCUGUUGUGUACGAUUAUUAUAUAUCUGUCUGAGCAGUCUAAGCUAUUUUCGCGAUCGGUUGGGGUAAUAAUAGCCUUCGAGUUUGUGAGCAGUGGAGUGGAGGAUGUUGCCGUGAGGCCAUUUUUUAAGUUACAUUUUCGGCAAUUAAUUUACGUAUAUAAACUAAGAGUUUCAAUCAACCAUUUCACAAGUGCAUAAGUGUUUGUGUCCCAGAGCUAAAAUCCAAGGUUUAUUUUAGCUAAUUCAUCCAAAUACUACAUACAACUGAGGAUGCAAUGUUGAAAUAGAAAACAAUGUGUACGAGUGUACCAUAAAAAAGCCAUUGCCUGGGACACCUGAAUGAUAGGAAACUAAUUAGGUAUCUGGCAAACUAGCCACGGUGGCUUCAGGCCCGGAGUGUGGCCCCGUGGCCGCUGACAAGGGGGCCGAUUGUUGGCUGUACAGGUGGGCCCCUCUGGCGGCCAUGGGCUGUUUCGGGGACCGAGGAGAUGCAGCUCAAACUACUGAAGACAUUCGAAGUCAAAAGAGGAUCAGCGAUCAAAUCAAUAGACAGCUGGCGAAAGAGAAACAGGUCUACAGAGCUACUCACCGUUUGCUUCUCUUGGGAGCAGGUGAAUCGGGUAAAUCAACCAUUGUGAAGCAGAUGCGGAUUCUUCAUGUAAACGGUUUCAGUGAAAGAGAAAAAAAACAGAAAAUAGAAGACAUAAAAAAGAAUAUCCGCGAUGCCAUAAUUACAAUAACGGGAGCAAUGUCGACACUUAGUCCUCCCGUCCAAUUGGAAAAGCCGGAAAAUCAAGUAAGGGUCGACUGGAUUCAAGAUGUGGCUACUGGACCAGAUUUUGAUUAUCCAUCUGAGUUUUAUGAACACACUGAGGAGCUAUGGAAGGACCGAGGUGUUCAGGCAACAUUUGAAAGAAGUAACGAAUACCAACUCAUAGAUUGCGCAAAGUACUUCCUAGAUCAGGUUCAUAUAAUAAAACGACCUGAUUAUACACCUAGCGAGCAGGACAUACUUAGGUGCCGGGUUCUUACCAGUGGUAUCUUCGAAACCCUCUUCCAAGUUGAUAAAGUUAAUUUUCACAUGUUUGAUGUGGGUGGCCAACGAGACGAGCGUCGGAAAUGGAUUCAAUGCUUUAAUGAUGUGACUGCUAUCAUUUUUGUCACUGCCUGUUCGUCGUACAAUAUGGUGUUGCGCGAGGAUCCAACACAGAACCGGUUACGGGAAUCAUUAGAUCUCUUCAAAUCUAUUUGGAACAAUAGAUGGUUACGCACCAUUUCGGUGAUUCUCUUCCUUAACAAACAAGAUCUGCUAGCUGAAAAAAUUCUCGCAGGGAAAAGCAGAUUAGAGGAGUACUUCGCGGAAUUUUCGAGGUACCAACCUCCGGUAGAAGUAGCUAACGAAAGCAACGAACCCCCUGAGGUUUUUAGAGCAAAGUACUUUAUUAGGGAUGAAUUUCUUCGCAUUAGCACAGCUUCAGGGGAAGGCAAACACUAUUGCUAUCCCCAUUUCACAUGUGCUGUGGACACAGAAAAUAUUAAGCGAGUGUUCAAUGACUGCCGCGACAUUAUACAGCGCAUGCACCUACGUCAAUAUGAACUGUUAUAACUGCCUCCACUUCUCCAAUCGCUCCCCCUUGUUAAGGCAUCCCUAUUUUCUGGAGCACUCUCUUUUUUGCCACGUUUACCAUUACUACUGCAACCUCGUGCGGUGACAACCUUUUCUUUGUCUUCAACGCUUUUUUAGUUAAUGAAAUGUUUUGAUUAGCAUCUCUGGCAUGGUUUGUGCCUGUCUUAAGUAUUCUUUUUUACCUGUGGAUGGAAAGUGGUAAGUCUGUUGGGCUCCUAUUUAAAUGAACUGGUUUGUGGUCACUUUAUUUAUGGACAAAGUUCUGUUUACCGUUUGGUACCGAACUAAACCAAUGACAAGCACAAAAUGUAUAAUUAUGUAAGAAAGAAAUUUAUUCUUUAAGACAAUCUAUAAUUUAUGAACACAAUUAUGAUUAGGGCGUACUCGUAGAUGGAGUAGGGUGUCCGUUUCGAAAUAGAAAUCACUAUUUUCUCUCCAACAAUAGGACUUGGACGAAAAUAGCGACCCAUUAGCACAAACUGUACCAUAAUUAUCAGCAAACUCGAGAGCUCUUUUUUUUAUUUUGUUCCUUUUCUUUUUGUUUCAACACCCGCUGUUACCUAAAUGAUCGCUUGAUCUAUAAUAUGCCGCCGAAGGUGUACUUUCUGAGGAACGUCAGAGUAAAAGCAAAAACUGUAGGACCAACUCAAUACAACGCAAAAUCUAAUAGAAUUUAACUUAAGGCGUGUCGAAGCAAUGUGUUGUCAAAAUGUGACCGAUUGGAUUAAAUCAUGGCAAUAACUUAGUAAAUCCAAAUUAAUAAAAAAAAACUUUAAAAUUUUACGUUUUCAGUUGAGCAUGAUUAGUUUUGCUUAGUUUAACUAAGGGUCAGACUCGAAAAACAGAUUCAAAGGAUUUAGAAAGCAGACUUCAAUGCAUUUUUAUACUAGAAUCUAGUCAUUUUAAAAUUCAUCUAAAUAUUGGCAAUUUUUUUUUUUUAGUUUAAAAUUAAUCGAAAUUUUACGCUACAUUUUUUAGUUUUUAAUAUGCAAAUCUACUUCUAUAUCCAAGAUUUUUAAGCUUUACUGACCCCAAAUUAAUUUUGCAAAGAUGUUAUAAAAGUACAUUUUUUAGUUAUAACUCAACUAAGCCGGUUAUUAAAGAAAAAACUAUUUUGUCUUGAUAUAAGGGAAUCAAUCAUACGUAACAUGAAAGAAUGUUUGUCAAAUGUGUGAAUCGAUAUACAAAAAACAUCUCAAAAUACUGCAAAUCUAGAAAGUCUAUCAGUUGAGUACAAUUUUUCCUUUUUUUUUGUUU